AUGCAGUUUGGUUGGGUAUUCAGUUGCUGCUUCAGCCAGGAGGAAAAGAACAAGCAACUGAACGCAAGGCACCCGGCGAUCCUCCGUACAGUUCGGGCACAACCGUCUCCCCAGCGUAUGGAAGUACCAGCGCUCCCUAAGAGAUCGCCAGAGGUGGAGCAAGGCUAUGACAUAAUACUGAAGAGUAUGCGUGCCGGCCAACAAGGGGAGACUCCCCGCGUUGAGCCCGAGACCACCAUAGUUGUCCCUGGGUCCUCCAGAAGCGAUGAGGAGGUCACGGCCGAGAAUGUCCAGGAUAAGCUGGCGGACCUCAGAGCUGACAUGCAGCGGUACAACAGUGUCGUGACCUCGAACAAGGUUUCGGACUCUAAUGUUGCCAGCGUAGACGAGCAGGCCAAGCAAGUUCGGGAUAGCUACUAUAGCGCAUCGUCUUUGCCAUUAUACGAGAGCGAUACGGAAGCAGUGAUUGGCACCGCAACUGCUGUAAAUGUUCGCAGUUUGACUGGUUCAGCUCGCGCACAGGUUACCGACGUGUCUAGUCCUCAGGCUACCAAUGCUGAGCUCUUUGUCAUUUCAGAUUCUCAGGACGAGGAUGAGGACGAAGAUGAUGAUGCUGGGAUGUCCGUGGAUAGAAAGGCUGAUGAAUCCACUGAAGCACAGGGUCAGCCCAAGGCUGAUGUCGGCGCUUCGUCGCACGUCUCGUCUGACUCGCUAGAGUCUAUCGGUCUUAAUGGACAAGCCGAGGAUGUCGUCUUUGAUUCUGAUGAAGAGAUACAGUAA